AAGAGACUCAGAGGCGACCAUAAUGUCUUUACGUUUACACGCACUGCCCACCCUGCCUGGAGUUGUCAGACGGGGCUGCAAGGAACUGCUGUGUUUGUUGGUUAUCACGGUGACUGUGAGCCGAGGCGCCUCCGGGGUGUGCCCCACCGCUUGCAUCUGUGCCACUGACAUCGUCAGCUGCACCAACAAAAAUCUGUCCAGGGUGCCUGGGAACCUUUUCAGGCUGAUCAAGAGACUGGAUCUGAGUUACAACAGAAUUGGGCUUCUGGAUUCUGAGUGGAUUCCAGUAUCCUUGGUAAAGCUGAACACCCUCAUUAUUCGGCACAACAUCAUCAUGAGCAUUUCCACGGACAGUUUUUCCACCACUCCAAAUCUGAAGUGUCUUGACUUGUCUUCCAACAAGCUGAAGACUGUGAAAAGUGCAGUGUUCCAAGAGCUGAAGGUUCUGGAAAUGCUUCUGCUUUACAACAAUCACAUUUCCUAUCUGGAUCCUUCAGCGUUUGGAGGGCUCUCCCAACUGCAAAAACUGUACUUAAGUGGAAACUUUCUCACGCAGUUUCCCAUGGAUUUGUAUGUUGGAAGGUUCAAGCUGGCAGAACUGAUGUUUCUAGAUGUUUCUUAUAACCGGAUCUCCUCUCUGCCAAUGCAUCAUAUAAAUUUAGUGCCAGGAAAGCAACUGAGAGGUAUCUUCCUUCAUGGAAACCCCUUUGUCUGUGACUGUUCCCUCUACUCCUUGCUGAUUUUUUGGUACCGUAGGCACUUCAGCUCAGUGAUGGAUUUUAAGAAUGAUUAUACCUGUCGCCUGUGGUCUGACACUAGGCACUUCCAUCAGGUGCUUCUGCUCCAGGAUAGCUUCCUGAACUGCUCUGACAGUAUCAUCAAUGGUUCCUUCCGUGCCCUUGGCUUUAUUCACGAGGCUCAGGUCGGGGAAAGGCUGAUGGUCCACUGUGACAGCAAGACUGGUAGGGCAAACACCGAUUUCAUGUGGGUCGGUCCAGAUAACAGAGUACUGGGGCCCGACAAAGAGAUGGAAAACUUCCAUGUGUUUCCCAACGGAAGCCUGGUUAUAGAAAGUCCUCGUUUUGAGGAUGCUGGAGUGUAUUCCUGUGUUGCAAUGAAUCGCCAACGUCUGUUAAAUGAAACUGUGGAUGUCACAAUAAACGUGAGCAAUUUCACCAUAAACAAAUCCCACGCGCACGAGGCAUUUAACACAGCUUUUACCACGCUUGCAGCCUGCGUAGCCAGCACUGUUUUGGUCCUUCUGUACCUCUAUCUGACACCAUGUCCCUGCAAGUGUAAACCCAAGAGACGAAAAAAUAUGCUAAACCAAAGCAAUGUCCAUGCAUCUAUUCUCACUCCCUGCCCUGAUAGCGAGGCCGCCACCGAUGAACGGAAGGCAGGGGCCGGGAAAAUAGUAGUGUUUCUGGAACCCUUGAAGAAUACCGCAGCAGGGCAGAAUGGGAAGGUCAGGCUCUUUCCCAGUGAAACGGUCAUAGCUGAGGGCAUCUUAAAGUACACGAGGGAGAAAUCCGACUCAGAUUCGUCAGUGUUUUCAGACACACCCUUUGUGGCGUCCACUUAAUUUUGUGCCUGCAUUUGUACUAUGUAGUGAUUGAAUCUCUUUAUAUUCAACUUUGUGUGUGGUCUGCAAGAAUAAACAGCAGGGCAGAAAUGGGGUUGUUCCGUGUUUCAGAAAUAAAACCAAAGGGUCUCUUUCACUGGUUCAUAGGAAAUGUGGUAAAGCACUUAGGUUCAUGCCAGAGAAAGAUGGAGUUGUAUUUCAGAGUUUUAAAUUCUAGAUAAUACCUUCAUCUUUCAAAGCUGGCCUGGAGGCGACGUGACUGACAUUGUCCUUUCACCCAGGAUUCUUGAAAGAAAAGCUAAAUUUUAGGUAUUAGAGAUUUUACUAACUUAUUGGGACCAAAUUUGAGUUAUGUUAAAGAAAAGUGUUCAUUUUUAAAAGAUGCAGAAGGAAAAACCAAGCAGCAGUUGUUUAUAAAGCACAAAGUAAAGUUAGAUUUGGGGAUACUUCAGUUCAUGUUAUCAUUGCAGACCAGAGUAAAUAGACAGUCCUGCUCAAAUUUGCUGAGCAGUCCUACAUCACAUAUGGUGUUAGAUAAAUGGUACAGUAAAGGUGCAUUUGUUUGACUGUCUUCUUUCCAUUCUGUACAUCUCCUAUCCUUGUACAAAAGAUCUUAUUGAAAGUUUAAAGCCAUCAUUAUUUGUUGCCAUAAAUAUGUAGGUGUCAAUGCCAAAAUGUCUGAGUGACUUCUUCAGCCUUUGUUCUAGGAGACUAGUAUUUGUCUAUAUGCUUGUGUGUGUAUAAGUCUCAAAUUAUAUGAACUGUUAAAGAGAUGCCACUAUAUUGUACUUUGGACAUUUGAAUUAAUGUAAAUACAUGUGUUCUGUGACUUGAUGUUCUGUUUUAUUUGGCUAUUUAAAAAUAUAAAUCUAAGAUGUUUUAUGUGA